AUGUAUGGAAGAUCCAAUCGGGACCGCAAGCAGGUACGCUUCUGUGCAGAUUUUGAUAAAUCUAUAGUAAUCAACAGCUUCCUACGAAGAGAGUGGAGGGAAGUAACUCCCGAAGCAGACUGGAAUAUUUACUGGUCAAACACAGGUAACUGCCGCAGCAUUUUCAAUCUGGAAACCGGCUACAGAUUACAGGACAAUCAGAUUAUUAAUCAUUUUCCAAAUCAUUACGAAUUGGUGCGCAAAGAUUUACUAGUGAAAAAUAUUAGACGCUACAGAAAAGAACUCGAAAGAGAAAACAAUCCGCUCGCAGAAAAAACUCGAAGCAAAAUCCCAGAUGGACAGGUCGUCAGUCGCUAUUUAUAUUUAGAUUUUAUUCCCACGACAUACAUUUUGCCCACGGAUUAUAACCUUUUCCUUGAAGAGUAUCGUAAAUCGCCACAAACAAUGUAUAUUCUAAAGCCGUGCGCCAAAUCCCAGGGGGCCGGAAUAUGUUUGAUAAACAAGAUCUCUAAGUUGAAAAAAUGGUUGAGGGAAUCAAAAAAAUAUUUACAACACCAACUCACCAGUAAAGAUACGUAUGUUCUCUCCCGUUACAUAGAUAAUCCGCUCUUGAUCGGGGGUAAGAAAUUCGAUUUGAGGAUUUACGUUCUCGUAACAUCUUUUCGUCCCCUCAAAGCUUAUAUGUAUCGAAAUGGCUUUUGCAGAUUCUGUUCACUAAAGUACGACUCAAGCCUAACUGAGCUCGACAAUAUUUUCGUUCAUUUGACAAACGUUAGUGUGCAGAAAUACGGCGAGGAAUACAACGAACACCACGGCGGGAAAUUGAGUAUUCAAAACUUAGAACUAUAUUUGGAAGGGACCAGGGGCCGGGAUGUUACUCAACGUUUAUUUGAAGACAUGCAGUGGUUGAUAGUUCAUUCGUUGAAGGCGGUCGCACCUGUAAUGGCAAAUGAUCGUCACUGUUUCGAAUGCUAUGGAUAUGAUAUAAUAAUUGACGAUAACUUAAAGCCGUGGCUUAUCGAAGUAAACGCCUCGCCGUCGAUGACCGCUACUACUAUUAAUGAUAGAAUAUUAAAAUGCAAUUUGGUGGAGAACCUUCUUGAUAUUGUCCUGCCUCCUGAUGGGUUUCCUGACGCACGCUGGAACAAAUCACCAAGUGCUGAAGCUUUGGGAGAUUUCGAAACACUUAUAGACGAAGACCUUAUGUACAAAGAAAGUAGUGACGAAAAGAAACUAUGA